CAGGGACUUCGGUACUCUCACACAUCUAUUAAAAGCAUCUUUAGGAACGGGAAUACUGUCAAUGCCUGCAGCGUUUUACGCAUCUGGUUUAGGGUUGGGGAUUGUUGCAACUAUAGUAGUUUCUAUCAUUUGCACCCACUGCGCCUAUAUAUUGGUGGUGUGUGCACAUGAGUUAUAUAAAAAGGCGAAAAAAACUCACAUGAGCUUUCCAGAAGUAGCAGAGGAAGCUUGCUUAAGAGGACCGGAAUGGGCGCGGGAAUACGCUGGCGUAGCAAGGACAGUGGUUAUUUCCAGCCUUUUCCUCGCCUACUUUAUGACCUGCAGUUGUUACGCUGUGAUAGUUGCCAGGCACUUCGAUUAUGUGAUAGAUUACUAUAUCGGCUAUGAGCUUGAAAUAAGGAUAACAAUUGCAGUAGCAAUGGUUCCACUCGCUAUGCUGGCAUGUGUUCCAAACUUGAAGUAUUUAGCGCCAUUUUCAACGGUAGCGAACGGAUGUAUGGCCGUCGCAUUGGGUAUCACUAUGUACUAUUUAGUAGCAGAUAUUCCUCCAAUUUCUGAGCGAAGGCAAGUCGCCGAUAUCUCCACAUUUCCAACAUUCAUCAGUAUUACUAUUUUCGCCAUCGAAGCGAUUGGAGUGGUUAUGCCUUUGGAAAACAACAUGGGAAAACCUCAACACUUCAUUGGAUUAUGCGGAGUAUUGAACCAAGGAAUGAGUGGAGUUACAUUAGUUUACAUAAUAGUAGGAUUCUUUGGAUACUUGAAAUAUGGAAGUGCCAUUGAAGGUUCUGUAACAUUGAAUCUUCCAAUCGAAGAUUAUGCUACACAAGCUGUCAACGUUCUUGUUGGUAUCGCAGCCUUUUGCACAUUUGGACUACAGUUCACUGUCUGCACCGAUUUAACGUGGGGUGCAUUGAAAAAACGUUACGAACACAAAGGACCAUGGGCCAUGUAUGUGGUGCGGAUAAUAUCCGUAGUUUUAUGCGUGUCCCUAGCAGUUGCCUUACCGAUGAUUGUUCCAUUCGUCUCGUUGAUUGGUGCAUUCUGUUUUUCAUUCCUCGGGCUAGUUCUUCCUGUAAUAGUUGAAAUGCUAACGUUUUGGGAGAAGGGUUUCGGGAGAUUCCACUGGAAAAUCUUCAAAAAUAUCAUUGUAUUCAUAACUGCAAUGUUAGCUUUGGUAUUUGGAUCAAAGUCGGCUAUUGAAGAUAUAGUGAAAUUGUAUACAACAGAAAGUACAGUCCAACUGAACAGUACGCUUUUACUAAACAGUACACUUUCAUUGAAUAGCACAGUAGGUUAAUUCAGUAUAAAUUAUUCGCUUGGGGUAUCAGAUAUGAAACGUCGGUCCAUAAACUAAGUUAAGACACUUUUUCUAUAUCUACUUCUAAGGUAAGAUUCAUCAGAGGUCUUCAGUUCCGAUUUUUUUUCGGAAGAAUGUGGCCAAAGAAUGGAAAAUGAAUUCUGCAUUAUUAAUUCUUCCGGAAUAAGUUUCGGUAGAAUAGGUUUAAAAUUAUACUAUGUAAGGUUAUGUUUUUCAUAAUGAAAUCGGUAUUAUGUAUUGUUACACAAUUUCCUCUGUGAUUUUGUCGUAUGUGAGGUGUUUCACAUUGGUCGCCUGCUCAGAUUGAACCAUCUACAGAUGAAAGUAUUCAUUUAGUCCGUUUCAAAAUAAUUCGUCCUAACUCGGGGGCAUGUCUCUGAUUUUAUUGUUAUUGAACCGGGUCCAAACUGCGACCAUCUGAAGGGUGGUAAAUCGGGACGAAUUGUUUCGAAACGAUCUAGAAGCUUUCAAUGAACUUCAAUAUCUAAAUCGUUCAAAUUUUAUACUUGAGAGUUCUUUUAUUGAAGAAUUAUUCAAGAAUGAGUCUUCAUAACUUUGUUUGUCAAACAAGAUUAUAUAACGCCUGGGCCUAAGAAAUCGCGUUUUUUUUGUUCAAAAUUGACUUCAUUGAUCAACGUAAUCUACAUCUAGAGCAGUGGUUCUUAACCUUAUAGUCAUGCGGGACCAUUUGACAAAAUUUUUGUCAGGCCAUGGACCACCAAGUUGGUUAACUAGUUUGUAGUUGAUAUAAAGUACCAUACGAUAACUAUAAAAUACAGUACAGUACAGUAAAUAAAUGGAACGGUCGUUCUAAUUCAUCUCUAAAUUGCAUUGUAAAACAAUGCGAUUUUUGUGAUUGCAUAUUCUUUACUGAAUUCUGAAUCCUUGGUACAGUGCUACUUAAACGCGUACCAGCAGUGGCAUCCAACCGAUUUCGGUGCUUGUUUUUAAUAAUCAGAAGCAACGAAAACAUAGAUAUAUUGAAGAAAAUAAAGUUAGGUAACGAAUAGCAAGUUUUGGUAAAGAAAUUUUCUUUUGGCUCCAAAAUUCUUCAAGACUAAUUCCUGAUUCGAAUGUAUCUUUUGAGUUGCUGUCGUGUGGCAUAUCAAUUACUUCUUCUUGAACUUCAUCAGGCACCUCGGAAGCGUUUACAAUAAAUGGAUUGCGGAUCAACUUUAGAAUACUUUUAUCCUCGCGGUCGGAAAAAUAGCGAUUGAAUUCAAUUUUCAAGUUUUUCAAAUGUAAUAUGUUCUUUUGUAUUUCUUCUUUAAUUUUAGCACUUUGUCCAUCAAUAAUCUGAUUAAGCUUAUCGACCUUGUUGAUCCAUAGCUCGAUUUUAGCGAUAAAUGCACUGAUUGCAACUUCAAAUUUCCCGACCCUUGCAGUAGAAGGUUUAAUUUGUUCAGUUGCGCAAAAAAAUCGACCAAACAAGCAAAAUGUAUAUGAAAUUUGGAGUCGCAGAACUGAUCAAACAACUUUGUGUUUUCCUUGUUAGUUAAAAUAUUUUUACUUCCUCUCUUAGUUCGUACAACCUCAACAACAUGUUUCCUUUGAAAAGCCAACGCAAUUCCGUGUGGAAAAGCAAAGUUUCAUGUUCAGAGUUCAUAUCAGAAAACAAUUAUUUGAGAGACGAGUAUCGAGUGCAUUCUUUUUAAUGAAAUUUAUUACUUUUAAAGCUAUUUUCAUCGUCAAAGCAAAGCAUUCUGGAAGUUUCUUGGCAGCUAGUGCUUGACGAAGAAUAACACAGUGCGUCCUAACAAACGGAUUUUUGGUUUUUAUCAAUGCUGCAAGACCAGAGCGAGAACCAAGUAUAGCAGGAGCUCCGUCCGUACAAAACCCCGCAAGCCGUUUCCACAUAAUUCCAUGGUUCUCCAUAUAUUGACUUAUUGCAACCAUAACAUCUGCACCUUGCGACGUUGUUUCAAGUUCUUGAGAAAAUAGUAACUCUUCUUCAAACAUUUUAGCGGCGGGUCGCAUUAUAUCGCGUCGACUCAUCUAACAUAUUUAUAAAGAUGGCUCUGCGAACCGCUUGGGAUGCUUCCAGGGACCACCAGUAGUUCGCGAACCACCUGUUAAGAACCACUGAUCUAGAGCCACACAAUCGGACUGUGCUUACCUCACUGGGGGCUCUUUUCUAAUUUUAUUGGUAUCUACAGCUUUAACUACUAAAGCUACUACCCUCUUUUCCUGGUUAGGUUAUUUUGGUACCUUUCGGAGCCACCUGAGGAGCAUCUUGGCUAUUCACAGUUCUGCCAGCCAUGUCACAUAGCAGAAUUAACCCACCUUAUCAUGAAAAAUUCCCUGGAUUCUAUCUAAGAGGAUUUGGACUCACGAUCUUUGAAUCGUGACCAUUGCGUAUUUGUAGCCGCUUCGAUAGAUUUUGUUGAGAAAACAGUGGACUGUAUUUUCAGAUCGUGAUUUUGAUCGUCAGACUGAGAUAAAUUCCUCUAGACCCACCGAUCUUGAUAUCUUCUGAAGAUCCAGUUGCCCCCAGGAACGGAAUAAUCCUUGCAAUCGAUAGUACUGGCACAUAUUUGAUUUUUCAAAGUAACAGUUCCAUAUACACACAUCAAAGUUAUGAAAUAACUAGCGGUUAUGUCAAUGUAGAGCGGUGAUACAUUUUUUCACUCACGAUCCACUUGCUUAAUUUUUUCCUAGUUCCUAACCUCACAGAAUAAGUGGGGAUUGCUUGAAAUUGUUCGCACCCGUACCUAAAAAUAAUCUAAUACAGCUGCCGGAGAGAAGUCCCACCCUCAAGAUGUGCAGCAGAUGUGUAGAAAUCUGUUAUCAGUCUGUUAGAUUAUUCGAGCCGUAGAAAUCCAAAUUCAGAACUCUAUUCAGUUAGAGAUGGAGUUUAAAAAUGAAUAACAUAAACAUAUUUUAAAUGGUCAAACUCGUGAAGAUAAGAUUCCAUUUCUCCCACCGGUCAUGACUCAGUAAGGGGUGACAAAGCUCCCAUUCUCAACAGCUCAACUACAGGUAGAAAACAGGUGAAAAUUAGGUAUGAAUCGGGUAGCAAAUAAUAUUAGGUACUAGGAAUUGAUUUAUUGACUACGUGUCUAUGUCAUAUCGUUAGCCUUGUGUUCUGAAGAAGCUAUGUCAAUAGCUCCUCGAGAUUUCUUAGGGGUCAUCAUAACUUCACAGUCCUGUAAGCCAUUUAACAUUGCAGAUUCUAAUUUGCAGACCCUCCUAGAUAAAGUCUCACGGGAAAAAUAUCUGGUAGGGAAGGUAUUAGAACCCACAAUGAGCAUACUAAUACCUUAUUUUAGAGCUCAAGACAAUGUGACAAUGGAAGUGAUAAUUUUUCGAAUAUUUGCAAUUGAAUAACCCUUUUCGAUCUACAGGCAGACUGAAUUCUUGGUGAUACUAUUAAGAGACCACUAUUGAGAGACCGUGUGAAACACCUCGUUUAAACAAAGGCUGUGUUUUCCAUAUUUGUAUUUUUAUUUAUUCUCCUUAAUGUCGCCUUAUUCGUUAUAUGAAUUUAGGUGUUGACUUUGUUUAAAUUUGAUUCGACAAAUAUUUCAUCCCGUUUCUAUCAGUUAUAAUGAAGGGGUGAAAUGAAGAAAGUCAUCUACCAAAGUAAUUUAGAUUUAUUAUUCAUCUUGAUGUUUUGAAUAGUACUUGUUGAAAGUGAUAAUUUUAAAUCACUGUCAACAUCUUUAUAAUUUUACAUGAUAACUAUUACUUCUUGGAGUAGCAACUUACUGAUUAUUGUUUCUAUCAGGGAAUAACUUUCACCAGAUCACUUAUGUUAAUUUAAGUUGCUUUGUUCAAAUAAAAACCCAUAUAACAGAAAA